AUGUCUCGCAUUCCAACAUACCUGUUCAUCAAUCUUGCUAUCUUAUUGGUUUUCCUUGCUACGCUCACUUCGGCUGGCAAAUGUAUAAUCUGCGUGUACGAUGGGAGGGCAUAUGUCAGCAAUAAGGCUGCAUUUACCGCUGACGGCCUGUGCUACGGUGGCAAGGCUCAGAUGGGUAGCGGAUGCACCGGCUCGGAUUGGAAUACAGGUAUUAAGGACCAUAAAUAUGGAGGUCAAAAGACAUUUUGUAAAUACUGGUGUCCGGAUACAAAAACUCCCUGCUCAGGUCAUACGGUCACGGACAUUAACAAUCCUGAUGAGAUGGUCGAGACGCUUAGGGCAAAGUAUGUCAUCGAUUGUGGCUAUUGGCCGGGAUCCUAA